AUGUCUGAAGCCGACCAAAAGCUCAAAUUGAGAACUGCUGCUUUCGAUGCUCGGUUCCCUAAUACCAACCAGACGAAGCACUGCUGGCAAAACUAUGUCGAUUACUACAAGUGUGUCAACGCCCGUGGUGAGGAUUUUGAGCCCUGCAAGCAGUUUUAUCGUGCCUUCCACAGCUUGUGUCCUAAUGAAUGGAUUGAAAAAUGGGACACUGAACGUGAAGAAGGCACCAAUCCCUCCAACUUUUCCAUUAAUUAA